CCGACGAUGGUGUCCAAGGACGCCCCGCCCCCGCCAUCCCAGGAAACCAUCGCCGACUUUCUCAACACAAUCUUCACGGCCAAGACGUCUGCCGCCUCGAUCGAUGCCUGCUACGCUCUCUGCGAGGUUCUGCUGUCUUCUGUCGGCGUCGUUGGCUUGACCCAGUAUGGUAUCCUUGCCGAGGUCAAGAAGGCCGCUGCCGAUAAGAAGUCGGGUCUUCGUCGCGAGUCCAGCCAGAACCUCCUCGGUGCCAUCUUCGAGCGUUUCCUUCCCCGUCAGAAGGUUAGCGAGGUUGUCCUGCUGCUCCAGGAUGGCGGCAUGGUCGGCUGUGCCCUCGAUGCCCUUGCUGAUAAGGGCGCCGUUGUCCGCGAUGCUGCCCAGUACGGACUCGAUACUCUCCUCGUCAACCUGAGCCCCGAGGCUCUCGUUGUCGGUCUUCUGCCCGCCCUGUCCAACUACCUGUCCAAGAAGACUGGUAAGUGGCAGGGAACCGUCGGCGCCUACAAGAUCCUGCAGAAGAUGGCCGACAAGGCCCAACUCGCCAUUGGAAGCACCAAGGAGGAGGCUGCCGACAAGGACGUUCUGCGUGAAGCCAUGGGUGCUAAGCUCGCUGGCUUGAUCCCCAUUGUUGAGGGUGGCAUGCACGACUUGAAGGCCGAUGUCGAGAAGCAGGCCGUCCACACCAUGACCUCGCUCACCACCCUUCUCUCCAACGACGAUGUCGCUCCUCGCUUCCCUCUGCUCAUCGACACCAUGCAGCACCCCUCCACCCAGACUCUCCAGAAGGCCAUCCACGCCCUGUCCAUGACCACCUUUGUCGCCAUUGUCACCUCGCCCGUCCUGGCCCUCCUGACUCCUUUCCUCGAGCGAUCCCUCAACAACCCCACCACCGCCCAGGAGGUUCUGCGCCAGACCGUUGUCAUUGUCGAGAACUUGACCAAGCUCGUCCACGACCCGAUCGAGGCUAGAACUUUCCUGCCUAAGCUGAUUCCCGGUGUCAAGGGAGUUUGCGACCGUGCCUCCCUCCCCGAGGUUCGAGAGCUGGCUGAGCGUGCUCUCGCCACCAUGGAGAAGGCUAUGGGCAAUGAUAAGGACAUUGUCGCCCGAACCUCUGGUGACGAUGUUGCCAAGAUCCUCGACGAACAGAUCAAGCUCAACGGCGGCCUCGCUGGACAGCUUGACCUGUACAAGCAGGCUCGCCCUUAUAUCUCUGAGAUGGUUGCCAUUGAUGUCAACUACCGCUUUGUUGACCGUAUCUCGGCUAGAAUUGCGCCUUAUCUCAAGGGCUUCAUGAAGAAUCCUGAGGCUCACCAGAAGGUUGCCGAUGCCAUUCAGGAGCACUACGUCGAGGAAGACCACCGCCGGUACGGUGUUCCUGAGAAGGAGGACGAUGGUGAGGUUGAGAUUGUCAACGCCGACUUCUCUCUCGCUUACGGUGGUAUGCUUCUUCUGUCGCACACCAACCUGCGUCUCCUGAAGGGUCACCGAUAUGGUCUCUGUGGACGAAACGGUGCUGGAAAGUCGACUCUCAUGCGAAGCAUUGCUAAUGGCAAGCUUGAGGGUUUCCCUCCCCAGGACGUUCUCCGUACCUGCUACGUCGAGCACAACCAGGGCGAGGAUGCUGAUAUCAGCAUUCUCGAGUUCGUUGCCAAGGACCCUGAAAUUGCUACUCAGGGCCGUGAGCGCAUCUCUGAGGUUUUGGCCGAGUUUGGCUUCACUCCUGGUCCCGAGGGCCGACAGUCUGAGAAGGUCGGCUCCCUGUCUGGUGGUUGGAAGAUGAAGCUGGCUCUGGCCCGAGCCAUGCUUCAGCGUGCUGAUGUCCUUCUCCUGGACGAACCUACCAACCAUCUUGAUGUUGCCAAUAUUGCAUGGCUCGAGAACUACCUCAAGACCCAUCCCGAUAUCACCUCUCUGAUCGUGUCUCACGACUCUGGUUUCCUCGACAAUGUUACCACUGAUAUCUACCACUACGAGCCCAACAAGAAGCUGGCCUGCUACAAGGGUAACCUGGCUGCCUUUGUUGAGAUCCGCCCCGAGGCCAAGAGCUACUACACCCUGUCGGCCUCCAACGUCCAGUUCAAGUUCCCUCCUCCCGGUAUCUUGACAGGUGUCAAGUCCAUGACCCGUGCCAUUAUCCGCAUGAGCAACGUCUCCUACACCUACCCCAAGGCCACAAAGCCAUCCUUGCAUGAGGUUUCUUGCCAGCUGACCCUGUCUUCCCGUGUUGCCAUCAUUGGCCCCAACGGAGCUGGCAAGUCGACUCUCAUCAAGCUGCUUACCGGCGAGACCAUUCCUACUACCGGAAAGGUCGAGAAGCACCCCAACUUGCGUAUCGGCUACAUCAAGCAGCACGCUCUGGAGCACGUUGAGAUGCAUCUCGAGAAGACUCCCAACCAGUACCUUCAGUGGCGUUACCAGCACGGUGACGACCGUGAGGUUCACAUGAAGCAGACUCGUGUGCUCUCGGAUGCGGAUCGUGCCCAGAUGGACAAGUUUGUCGACCUCAAGGACGGCAACCCGGCCCGACAGAUCGAGGCUCUGGUUGGUCGUCAGAAGUACAAGAAGACCUUCCAAUACGAAAUUAAAUGGCGUAAUCUUCUGCCCAAGCACAACAGCAAGAUCUCUCGCGAGACUCUGACUGAGCUGGGCUUUGACAAGCUCGUCCAGGAGUUCGAUGAUCACGAGGCGUCUCGUGAGGGUCUCGGUUACCGUGAGCUCCAGCCCAAGGUCAUCUCCAAGCACUUCGAGGAUCUUGGUCUCGACCCUGAGAUUGCAAACCACAACGAGAUUGGCUCGCUGUCUGGUGGACAGAAGGUCAAGGUCGUCAUCGCCGGUGCCAUGUGGAACAACCCCCAUCUUCUGGUGCUCGACGAGCCUACCAACUUCUUGGAUCGUGACUCCCUUGGUGGUCUCGCCGUCGCCAUCCGCGACUUCAAGGGUGGUGUCAUUCUCAUUUCUCACAACGAAGAGUUCGUCGGCGCCCUAUGCUCGGAGCAGUGGCUCGUCCGUGACGGCCGUGUGGCUCAGAAGGGUAACGCCGCCAUCAGCCUCGAUCGCUUCGAGGACAGCCGACCUGGCAGCGCCGUUGCCAGCACUGUCGCCAGCACCGCCGCCAGCACCGCAGCCAACUCUGUCGUCAGCAGUGCCGUCAACAGUGGCAUUGAAGACAACUCGGACAUGAACCCCAAGGGCACUCCUCACCCUCCCGACACGGACGACGAGGACAACUAGAGUGUGAAAAAAAAAAAAA